CCCCCCCCCCAAAUCCACUUCAGUCCUAUUCAAGGAGCAUCGUCUAGCACCGAUGUUGCUACGUGGAGGGGGUUGCAAAUAAACUGCCGUAUUUGCUCCAAGGAGUCUAAGAGCUGCAUCCUGUCCUAAAAGGCCUCCACCCCUUCUGAAAUGGACUUACCGUGUGAGGUGUACCUGCUGGUGGUUUUGUUCACCUGUCUGGUGCUUCAGGCCCAGGCCCAAGAGAGGGACUACACAGUCCGCGAAGAGUUGCCUGAGAAUGUGCGCAUCGGGAACCUCCGUAAGGACCUGGAUCUGGCUCUGGAGCCAGAUGUCAAACUUUCCUCACCCCUGCAAUUCAAACCUGUGUACAAGACUGGUGACGUGCCUUUGGUGCGAGUAGAGGCCACCACAGGGGACAUCUACACCACUUCCAACCGUAUUGAUCGUGAGAAGCUCUGCUCGGGUGUCUUCAAUGAGAAGCGCUGUUUCUACGAGAUUGAGGUGGCUGUGCUGCCUGAUGAGAUAUUCCGCCUUGUGAAGAUACGCUUUCAGAUAGAGGACAUUAACGACAAUGCACCACUCUUCCAGUCGACCGUCAUCAACAUCUCCAUUCCAGAGAACACAGCCAUCAACUCCCGGUACCCUGUGCCAUCAGCCCUGGACCCAGAUGUGGGGAUCAAUGGCAUUCAACACUAUGAGCUUGUGAAGAGUGUGAGUGAAUUUGGCCUGGAUAUCAUCGAGACCCCUGAGGGUGACAAGUGGCCCCAGCUCAUUGUCCAACAGAGUCUGGACCGUGAACAGAAGGACACAUUUGUGAUGAAAAUCAAAGUGGAAGACGGAGGGACGCCGCCCAAAUCAAGUACUGCCAUCCUCCAAGUCACCAUCUCAGAUGUGAAUGACAACCGCCCAGUCUUCAAGGACAGUGAAGUGGAAGUGAACGUCCCUGAGAAUGCCCCAGUCGGCACAUCGGUCACCCAGCUACACGCCACAGAUGCUGACCUGGGCCCCAAUGCCCAGAUCCACUUUUCUUUCAGCAACCAGAUCUCCCCUGCCACCAGGCAGCUCUUUGCCAUUGACAGCACCACUGGGCUGAUCACUAUUAAGCAGCCCUUGGACAGGGAGUUGUCGCCGGUCCACAAGCUCAUUGUUCUGGCAAGUGAUGGUGGCUCCACCCCUUCCAGAGCCACGGUAACUGUCAACAUCACAGACAUUAAUGACAAUGUCCCAUCCAUCGACACGCGCUACAUAAUGAACCCUGUCAACGGCACUGUGCUGUUGUCAGAAAACGCUCCUCUUAACACUAAAAUAGCUCUAAUUACAGUGACAGACAGGGAUGCUGAUCUGAAUGGGAAAGUGACAUGCUAUACCGACCAUGAUGUUCCAUUUCGGUUGAAGCCUGUCUUUGACAACCAGUUUCUUUUGGAAACCGCUGCCCCUCUUGAUUAUGAGACAACAAGGGAAUAUGCCAUUAGGAUAGUGGCCUCCGAUUCUGGAAAACCUCCAUUAAACACGUCAGCUAUGGUUCUAAUAAAGAUUAAGGAUGAAAAUGACAAUGCCCCCAUCUUCCCUCAGCCUGAAAUUCAGCUCUCCAUCCCAGAAAACAACGAUCCCUCAACGCAACUGAUAAAAAUUAGUGCCUCCGAUGCAGACAGUGGCCGUAAUGCAGAGAUUACGUAUACACUGGGGCCAAAUUCACCUGAUGGUUUUAACAUUGAUCGACGGUCAGGAAUCCUUUCUGUUGGGAAAAGACUGGACAGGGAAAAGCAGGACAAGUACUCCUUCACUGUCAUUGCAAGGGACAAUGGCUCCCCUCCCCUACAAAACAAUGUCACUGUCAAAGUUAUGGUUCAAGACAUUAAUGACAACAGCCCAGCCUUCACUCAUCCUGAGUAUAACUUUUAUGUGCCUGAAAACUUGCCCUUGUAUGGGACAGUAGGCUUAAUCACAGUUACAGAUGCAGAUGCUGGAGACAAUGCUGUGGUCACACUCUCAAUACUGAAUGGCAAGGACAAUUUCAUUAUUGAUCCAAAAUCUGGAGUGAUCAAGCCAAAUAUUACUUUUGACAGAGAACAACAAAGUUCGUAUACUUUUGUGGUAAAGGCAGUGGAUGGGGGUCGGCCACAGUGUGUCUCUUUUGCUAAGGUUACAAUAAAUGUUGUAGAUGUGAAUGACAACAGACCAGUUUUUGUCAUACCUUCAUCAAACUAUUCCUAUGACCUUGUCCAGUCUACUACCAGCCCAGGAUCAGUGGUAACACGAGUCUUUGCCAUAGACAAUGACACUGGCAUGAAUGCUGAGCUCCAGUACAGUAUUAUUGGAGGGUCUUCAAAGGGGCUGUUUGCAAUUGACAAAACAACAGGCAACAUUACUCUCCAGGAAAAGAUUGUUGCUGGUGAUCAAGGCUUGCACAGACUAAUUGUCAAGGUCAAGGAUCUGGGGCAGCCGGAGUCUUUAUAUGCCAUUGCUCUUGUCCAUUUAUUUGUGAAUGAGACAGUUUCCAAUGCCACAUUCAUCCAGGAGCAGUUGCGCAAGAGCCUGGAGACCCCAUUGGAUCGAAAUGUUGGAGAGGGUGAGCUCAUCACUCAGACCAACAGCUAUGUCAUUGUGGUCAUUGCUGUCAUUGCAGGCACAAUGACGGUCAUUCUGGUAAUUUUUGUGACUGCCUUAGUGCGCUGCCGUCAGACACCAAGGCAUAAGGUGGUCCAGAAGGGCAAGCAGAAUGGUGAGUGGGUGUCUCCAAAUCAGGAAAAUCGUCAAAUCAAGAAGAAGAAAAAGAAAAAGAAGAGGUCUCCUAAGAACCUCCUGCUUAACUUUGUUACCAUAGAAGAAUCUAAGCCAGAUGACCCAUCUCAUGAGCAUAUUAAUGGCACUCUUGAUCUCCCAGUGGAGCUGGAGGAGCAGACAAUGGGAAAAUACAACUGGGCCACAACUCCAACCACCUUCAAACCUGAUAGCCCAGACUUGGCAAAGCACUACAAGUCCGCCUCCCCUCAGCCAACCUUUCAAAUUAAACCAGAGACCCCUGUCGCUCCCAAGAAGCACCAUGUCAUUCAGGAGCUCCCCUUGGACAACACCUUUGUUGUGGGCUGUGACUCACUCUCCAAGUGUUCCUCCAGCAGCUCAGACCCUUACAGCGUCUCAGAGUGCAGCUGUCAAGGGGGAUUCAAGGCUCCUGGGCAGAUCCACACUCGCCAGAACCAGAGCCAAACUCCAGACAAGUCAUUCAGUUCUAUCCCACCCACAUGCCCUCAUAAGACACAGCGCCGUGUGACCUUUCACCUCCCAGAUGGCUCCCAAGAGAGCUGCAGUGACAGCGGCCUUGGUGACCAUGAACCCACCAGCAGCACAAGCACCACACAACCCCUGCCACUUGGCUUCCCCCAGGAGGAGUACUAUGAGCAGACGUCCCCAAACAGUCGCACAGAGGGAGAUGGCAACUCCGACCCAGAGUCCACUAUAGAGGUGAACCUCCAGCGAGCCCUAGCUGAGGCCUCAGAAACCUGCACCCAGGAGUGUCUGAUCCUGGGCCACUCCGACAGCUGCUGGAUGCCCCCAGCGCUGACCCAGUUCCAGCCUGCCCACAACACCACACGGCCCACCUUUGGCUUACAGCAAGGCUGGGCCCGUGGGGUGAAGCCAGACGGUCGCCACACUCUCGGCCGGUCAGUGCCCAAAGACAAUCUGGACAAAGGAAGCAACCGUCCACAGUUCUACAACACGCUGGAGAGACACUGCAGUAAGAAGGAGGACCCCGUCAAGGUCAUCCCCCUGGCAAACUUCACUCCAUCAAGCCAGCCGACACCAGUCACCGGGGGCACCAGCGCCUUUGUUCAUGAGCAUCAGCUAUAAAAAAAUAAAUUAAAA